CUUAACUACUUAAACAAAUAUGGCGGCUUCCAGUUGUUGGUGUGAUGGUUUGGUUAUUUUUAUGAUUUGAUAUUUUUGGAGGUAGAUUUCGUAUAAGUACACUGUUUUUAUUUACAUAAAAUAAUUAGAUAUGUAAAUUAUUUAUGCUAGUGUGUAAAAUAUUUCAUGAUGAGGUAACACAUGACUGAGUAUUGAGAAAUAACCAUGUUCAAGCAACAAUUAUCACCGCGCAGUGUCCAUCCCUAUCAAACCACAGUAGUACCACGAAGCGAACAGCAACUUUCUAAUGCUGCUCAUCAAAGGAUGAAGUUUCCGUGGGCUGAGGACAUCAACGCUCCAGUGUACCAAGUCACAGGAACAGACAGCUCUACAUCGGACAAUGCUUACCAAAUGCCACAGUGCUACAAUGGAACUACUAUGAGAGAAUAUGGCCCACCAUCACCUGUAUACCAGUAUCCUUAUGGAGGAGGUACAUGGCGUAAUUACAAAAAAGUUGACAAUAGUCCCAUGGCUGUGCCGGAGACAUACACUUUUCCACCAUGCGCUUCUGCAUUCUCUCUGCCUAUUUGUGAUGUUGACCUCCACACACAAGCGGCCAGCCGAUCUCCUAUACCAUCCUCUGUGAGCCCUGAGGUGCCAAUAAUUGGGGCUUGUGGUGGACACUGCCCUGGAUUUGAAUAUGUGUGUUAUUAUAUUUUACAGGUUAUAUUUGUAGUAGGUAUAUUAACUGGCAUAUCACUUUGUAUUGCUGGUAUAGUUCUGAGACGCACAAAUCGCAAUGGGGAUCUCGGGGUAUUAGUGUAUAUUGGGUGUCUAUCCUCGUGCGUGUGCGCCGUGCUACUCGGCGUCCAAUGCUGCGUACGCCGCGAGAUCCGUCAGAGAAAGCUCCGGAACAACAUGCAUAUACCCAUGCAGGCUAUCCAGGAACCACCAGCCACAGCUUGCCCUUUACUGACAUCCACAUUACCUCAUAGUCAAGUAUACAGGCCUACAUUAAAUAUGUCUGGCGAAGAAGACGUGACAGGCGUUCCUUGGUGGCGCCGCGUCAACAGAGACUGAUUAGUUUUAAAUUUCUUACAACUUAUUGUGUUGUAUCUGUAUUUAAGAAAAAGUGUAUUUUUUUUAUAAAAUCAAUAGCUCAGAAUUUUUUAUUUUAUAAAUAUACUUAAAAAUCUACACCA